AUGCAGACCGUGCUCGCUGUGCUCUGCCUCGUCCCCGCGGCCGCGCUGGUGCGCGGCGCCCCGAGCCGCGUCGCUGCCACGCCGCGCAAAGCGUCGCCGAGCGCCUACCUGAGCGAGAUCCCCCAGGGUCCGCCGGACGCCAUCCUCGGCAUCGCCGCGGCCUUCCGCGCGUCCAACGCCGACGACAAGGUGAACGUCUGCGUCGGCGCGUACCGCGACGACGUCGGCGUGCCCUACGUGCUGCCGUCGGUCACCGAGGCGGAGCGUCGGCUGCUCGACCGCGGCGAGAAGAAGGAGUACGCGCCCAUCGAGGGCCUCGCGGACUUCCGCCAGAAGGCGCUGGAGUUCGCCUACGGCGAGGACUGCGCGGCGCUCAAGGAGGGCCGCAUCGCCGGCGUGCAGACGCUGUCGGGCACGGGCGCGUGCCGCGUCGCGGGCGAGUUCUACGCGCGGUUCCUGCCCGAGGGCACGGCCGUCUACGUCUCGGACCCGACCUGGGGCAACCACAUCCCCAUCAUGGAGCUCGCGGGCCUCGAGGUGCGCAAGUACCGCUACCUCGACCGCGAGACGAACGGCCUGGACUACGAGGCGUUCCUCGAGGACAUCGACGCCGCGCCGGCGGGAAGCGUCUUCCUGCUCCACGCCUGCGCGCACAACCCGACGGGCGUCGACCCGACGCGGGACCAGUGGGACGCCGUGUCGAAGAAGAUCCUCGCCAAGGGCCACCACGUUCUCAUGGACUGCGCGUACCAGGGCUUCGCGUCCGGCGACGCGGAGGCGGACGCGUUCGCGAUCCGCAAGUUCCUCGACGACGGCCACUCGCUCCUGCUGGCCCAGUCCUUCGCGAAGAACUUUGGCCUCUACGGCGAGCGCGUCGGCACGCUCUCCGUCGUCUGUAAAGAUACGGAGGAGGUCGAGCGCGUCAUGUCGCAGCUGAAGCGCAUCAUCCGGCCCAUGUACUCCAGCCCGCCCAUCCACGGCGCCCUCAUCGUCAAGGAGGUGCUCAGCGACGACGCGUUGCGCGCCCAGUACUACGACGAGUGCGCGCAGAUGGCCGAGCGCAUCGGCGGCAUGCGCGUCCGCCUCCGCGAGGAGAUCGAGGCCGCGGGCUCCGAGCACGACUGGACCCACGUCACGGACCAGAUCGGCAUGUUCGCCUUCACGGGCAUGACCUCCGACAUGUGCGACACGCUCACGGCCGACUACUCCAUCUACCUCACGAAGGACGGCCGCAUCUCCGUCGCGGGCGUCAACUCCGGCAACAUCAAGUACAUCGCCAAGGCCGUCCACGAGGUCACCCACGGCAAGGAGAUCGGCGUCGCCGCGUAA